AUGGCGUGGGUGACAAAUGGCAUCAAGUACUUCCUGGAUGUGACCCUGCUGCGGGGACCGUGUGAUCUGGUCUCCUGCGGGGAGCUGGAGCAGGUGUCCUGCCAGUUUGAGGUCUGGAGCCAGCCCUGGUCCGGCCGGCAACGGCUGGUGAAGCAGGAGUGUCGCCCAGCAGAGCUGGCAGAGAAAGUCCAGGAGCUGGCCCAGACCCUAGGGGGGCUGGAUGAGACCCCAAGAGGGGUGAGUGAUGCUGAGGGACUUUCUCAGCCGGGCCAGAAUGCAUCACUCCAGCUAGCGGCGCUCUUCAGGGACUUCAUGAGCACCUACGGGAAACACUACAAGGAUGAGGAAGAGGCUGCACGGCGGUUCGGGAUCUUCGCGGACAACAUGGCCAAGGCGCAGUGGCUGCAGGUGCUCGACCAGGGCACGGCCCAGUAUGGGGUCACCAAGUUCAGCGACCUCACUGAGGAGGAGUUCCGCUCCCUCUACCUGAACCCACUGCUGGCCAAGCUGCCACCACGCCCAAUGAGACGGGCCGAAGCCCCCCGGGACCCACCCCCCGCCAGCUGGGAUUGGCGGGAGCAUGGGGCUGUCACCAGCGUCAAGGACCAGGGCAUGUGCGGCUCCUGCUGGGCCUUCUCUGUCACUGGCAACGUGGAGGGGCAGUGGUUCCUUCGUCGCGGGGACCUGAUCUCACUCUCGGAGCAAGAGCUGGUGGACUGUGAUGGGCUGGACCAUGCUUGCAGGGGGGGGCUGCCCUCCAAUGCCUAUGAGGCCAUCGAGAGCCUAGGUGGGCUGGAGACCGAGAGCGACUACACCUACGAAGGGCAUCGGCAACGCUGCAACUUCUCCUCGGACAAGGUGGCCGUCUACAUCAACAGCUCAGUGGAGAUCUCCCGGGACGAGGAUGNGAUCGCCGCGUGGCUGGCCAAGAAUGGGCCCAUCUCUAUCGCCCUCAACGCCUUUGCCAUGCAGUUCUACAAGAGGGGGGUCUCCCACCCCCUGCGCUUGCUCUGCAACCCCUGGAUGAUCGACCAUGCUGUGCUGCUGGUGGGAUACGGCACCCGGCUAUUACUACCUGCACCGUGGCAGCCGAGCCUGUGGGAUGAAUACCAUGUGUAGCUCUGCCCUUGUGGUCUAGGCCCUGCCCCCUCACCUCUUGCCCUGCCCUCUUACUCCCCAGAGAGAACCCAGGUGUCCUCCAAGGGGGGUGGGGCAGGGGCAAUCACUGCACUUUAGACUCUAAUCUAAGCUUGGGGGUGGGGCUAGACCUCAGGCCCCACCCUUCCAUCCCCAUUGGCUGCUAAGCCCUGCCCCCUGGUUUCCCAGCAUGCCCAGUUCCUCCCAGUCAGAAAAGGUCACUCAUACUGGUACUAGCCUUUCCCCUACCAGAUAGCAAUUGGGAUCUCUGGGGGCUGGGCACAGCACGGUGGGAACCCAGGAGUCUGGGCUACCCCUCCCCCAGUGAUGGGCUGGACCUACAGGCACUAGGCCCCUGUGCGUGCCCCAGUUCUCUUUCCCAGUUGGACCGAGGGGUGAGAGAGCAGGCCCAGCCCCUCUGCCCCUUCUUGGUGA